AUCCCAUUCUUGCUUCAUUUCAAGAAAGACAAGGAGUCAAUUUGAAGGCACGGCACUAGCUGAUUCUUCUUCAUCCUUCAUUUCCUCCAUUCUUCUUCUUCUUCUCCCUUUUUUUUUUUUCUUCAAUAUUUUUUUCUUUCUUUUCUUUUUUGUCUCCUCUUCAUUCUUUCUAGCUUCAAAUGGCUAAGUUAUCAAUAAUGUUAAUUUCUGUCUUCACAAUUACUAUUCAUCAUGUGUGCAUAUCAGGAGUGUUAUCAGCAACUUACACUAUAGUAAACAAAUGCGACCAAACGGUAUGGCCGGGCAUUCUUUCAAACUCUGAUUCAGCACAGCUCUCAACCACUGGUUUUACCCUUCAGAAAGGCGAGUCCAAGACCAUAACAGUGCCUUCCUCAUGGGGCGGUCGCUUCUGGGGCAGGACCCAUUGUACCCAAGACUCUAACGGAAAGUUCUCUUGUGUCACCGGUGACUGCGGAUCCGGAAAGCUAGAAUGCGCAGGUGGUGGCGCUGCUCCCCCUGCUACACUUGCGGAGUUUAAGCUCAACGGCUACGGAGGCCUCGACUUCUACGACGUGAGCUUGGUUGAUGGGUAUAACCUUCCUUUGAUGGUGGUCCCACAGGGCGGCACCGGGGGGAACUGUACCAAAACCGGGUGCGAGGUGGAUCUGAACGGCGCAUGCCCCUCUGAGCUCAAGGUUACGAGCACCGACGGAAAAGAGAACGUUGCGUGCAAGAGCGCGUGCGAGGCGUUCCGGGAACCUCAAUACUGCUGCAGCGGCGCGUAUGCGACUCCCGAUAAGUGCACUCCCUCUUCGUACUCUCAGCUGUUCAAGAGCGCCUGCCCACGCGCUUACAGCUACGCAUACGACGAUUCCACCAGCACAUUCACUUGUGCCGGCGCAGAUUACAUGAUCACCUUCUGCCCCUCUCCUAAAACCAGCCAGAAAGCAUCGCAAGGGCAGAACGAGGAAACGCCGGCGACGACUCAGAUCAACAGCACAAUGGUGUACGAAGGCGCUCUAGAGGAUGACAGCGCUUCAGCGUCACCCCCCACGUGUACAGGAUCAGGACUGAUUGCCGGUGCCGUAUCCAUCGGGACCGCUCUUCUAACUUCCUGGCUGACCUUAUAGAACAUGCCCAUAUCUAACUUUGUCGGAAACGGGGUGUUGAGUGACGUGUGGACCUUGUGGUGAGGUGGGUUGGGCUUGGCCCCACAGAGUUAGGCCUCCCUGACGAGGAACUGACUCAGGCUGUCACACCAACCAUGCCCUCUCAUUUUCAUUUAUGCUUAUAAUGGAGUAUGGGUGAGAAGCUACUCUCAUGGAAGAGGUGGUUGAUGGGGGCAAGUAUUGUUUUCAGAUCAAAAAAGAAAAGUCAUACGUGCUACAACAAUAUAACACAAACGAAAUGAAAACUUAUGCUUGUCAUGGAUCAAUAGGAUAUAAUUUUUUAUUUUUUUUAAUUGGUGUGGUGAGAGGAUCAGCACCCACGAAAUAUAAAGAUAUUAUAGCCAUUAGGAUUAUAGUUCUUUUUAAAAAGGAAUUUAAUAAUAUUAAAUGAGGGGAUGGGAUUCAUUUGUUGUGUUCUCCUUGUGUAAAAUAUUAUUUGUAAUACCACCAGAUUUAAUGACAUCAGCAUAGAGUUUUAUUAUUUUAAUCGAA